CGCACAGAAGCUAGGUCGCAGUUGAAUUGAUCCGAGUCGCUACGGUCUACAGCAGGAGGGACCUAGAAGAAAAUAUCUACCCACUCUGGGACACAUCGCCACCAAUGAAGAAUGACAUGUACAUAAGUCAGGGGAGGCUCAUGAUAGGAAAAGUAGAAGCAGAUCGCGCCUAACACCGUGGCUCCUUGUGUUGCUUAUCCUCUUUUGGCCUAACUCGUACUGCCGUCGGAAUCCGGCGCUCCGUCUCGACAUGCCCUGCGCGAUCCUCGGUAGCCUGAAAUAGAUCUAAACGACUUGCCAGGAUAGCCCUUAGAAGCAGCCCUCCCGAGAACCCUCCGUACUGCCCGCCACCUCGACGCCGCAUGCACCCCAUCCGCGCCGUCAGAAGCGGCAUGUCGAGCUCGUCGCCGCCGCUUGCGGCGGUGCUGCUGCUUGUGUGCGCGGCGCUCGCUCCCCUCACCGUCCACGCGCAAUGGACGUCCCUCCCCCGCAUCACGCGCGGCGCUUGGCUGUCCCGCUCAUUCGGCUCCGCUUCCCGCCGCUUUAUUCCCGCCGACGCCGCCGCAGAUGAGCGACCGCUCUUCCCCCACGCGCAGUCGAAGCUGACGUCAUCGCUCUCCCUCGCCCCCUGGAUGUUCCCCUUCGCGCGCUCGCGCUCCUUCCUCCGCUCCGCCUCCCGCCCGGCAGCGCCCUCCGCGCCCACCUUCUCUACCGCCACGCUCGAGCGCGACCAGCCGCCCAAACCGCCCAAGUCGCCGAAAUCGCCGAAGCCGCCUACAGCCCCCAAACCGCCCAAGUCCCCGAAGCCUCCCUCUCCCCCGAAGCCAGUGAAGUCCCCCAAGCCCCCCUCACCCCCCAAGCCUGGAAAGUCCCCCAAGCCUCCUCCUCCCCCCCGCCCGCCCCCCUGCCCCCCCCCCGGAGUGGCCAUCGACGUACGCAGGCGUCGCGCCGCUCGCGGAGGACGCCUCCGAAACGCCCGUCUUCGACGUGCGGGAGGGGUUCGGGGCGGUCGGGGACGGCACGAGCGACUCGUGGAACGCGUUUGACGGCGCGUUCCGCGCAGCGUGUGAGAGCGCCGAGGCGAGCGGCGGACGGGCGGUGGUGCGGGUGGGCGAGGGCGCGUUCUACCUGAACCGGUCCAUCACCGUUAACGGGUCGUGCGGCGCUGGACUCACGCUGCAGGUGGACGGCAGCAUCUACGGCCCGGUGUCCAAGGCGGGCUACCCCGAGCCGUCGCUGUACCUGAACGGCACGCUGAUCGGCGUGGCGAGCAACGGGCUCUUCCGCUUCAUCGGCGUCGCGGGGCUCGUGGUGCGCGGCAGCGGGGUGAUGGAUGGCAACGGGAAGAAGUUCUGGGGCUCCAAGGCGCCCACCAGGCCGCACAUACUCACCCUCAUUGACUGCCACAACACCACCAUCGAUGGGCUCCUGCUGCGCAACCCGCCCAUGUACCACGUGUUUGGGUACAGCACGGAGGGGCUGUGGAUCCGCGGGGUGACGACCAACAGCCCCGAGUCGUCGCCCAACACGGACUCGCUCAAGCUGCUGGGCGUGCGCCACGCGCUCAUCGAGAACUGCACCUUCCACGGCGGCGACGACGACGUGUCGCUCGUGGCCAGGGGCGCACAGAGCGUGGUCAACGUCACCGUCAGGAAUCUCAUAGCCACAGCCGGCCAUGGCAUCAGCAUUGGAAGCCUGGGUGCUGGAGGGGCAGUGGCGUGUGUCUCCGAUGUGACUUUCAAGGACCUCAUUAUAGCCAACCUCGAUAAUGGGCUGCGCAUCAAGACAUGGCAGGGAGGCAUGGGCAUGGUGCGCAAUGUACGAUACGAGAAUGUAUACAUGACAAACACUGACAACGCCAUUAUACUGAAUCAGUUUUACUGCGACUCACACCAGGACUUCUUCUGCGGCAUCGCACCCAACAAUGUGGCCCUUGUCAACGUCUCCUACUCCAAUGUCUAUGGCACCACAACACGAUAUGGGAUGAAAAUCCGGUGCAGCGAGACGGUCCCAUGUGGCGGCAUCAACCUGAGCAACGUCAACCUGGUCUCCUCCAAGGCAGGCAGCUCCCUGCGCCCCGUGCUGGAGAACGUGGUGGCCAGCCACGCCACAGGGGUGGUGGCGCCCGUGCCAGAAGGCAUGGGGUCGUAUGCUAACUGGGGUUUGACAGCACCAACAGCAGCACAAGCUGCAAAUAUACAAAACAUGAUGGCACAAUGUGGAAGCUAACUUAUGACUGAUGUAUACAUGCGCAUAAUAAUCGAAUUACGCUUAACCUGAAGCUUGAACCAUGAGAAAGAAUGUAAUGUGAAAAGUUGGAUAGUUGCUUGACAAAUUGUGAUUGCACCUUUUAGCUAAUGUACGUCAUAUUUAGCAC